CUCAUGACCGACUGGUCCAGCCACAACUUUAGAGAGUUCCACUCUCGACGACAAUUCAACAGUUUUGUGGUUCCCGGAAAAUGCCAAUUCCAAUUCCAACGUGCUUGCCUUCUCCUUCUGUGUGGAGGUGGAGGAAGAGGAAGCAUGCUUAUAUAGCAACAGUACACGAGGAACAUAUGCCCCAACGCGUGAAGGAGGUUUUCGUUUUCUGAACGAACUUCCCUGUUCAAGACUCAGGCAUUUUCAGAUUUGGGAUUCAGUAGUGUUUUGUUUAAUUAUUAAGCUCUCUGGGACCAAAUUUUUGCUUUCUGAUCGACGAGAAGCAGCGGAAACUGCUCUCUUGCAUCAUUUCACUGAGGUAUUUUCCUUUCCCAAUUCAUCCUCUAUGCUCAGAGAUUUUACUGGCAAUUCUUUUCCAUUUAGAUCAUUUGCACCAUGACACGAGAAGAGAGUAAAUACCAGUCCCAGUAAUUCCCGUAACCUGGGGUUAUUCUCGUUUUUAUCUUUCCUUCAUCUGGCCAUUGAUUAUUGCCUUCUGUUAUAGUCACAGUCACGAUAUGCAUAUGUACAUACCACCAACCGUUAAAAAAGUUAACUUUGCAGCCCACAACAUAUCAACAGGGGAAACCUGAGCAGAAGCAUUCAAGUUUAUUGAUUAUUUCAGACAAAUUAAAGAAAAGAAAAUGUUGCUGAGGAGUUCUUCCACACCAGUACUCGGUUCAUUGCUCUCAUCCUUGUCAGAAACUCCCAACAACAAUAACCAGUCCAAUUGUGAAGUGCCAAACGCCAAUCCCCACUCCUAUGGCAAGAUCUGCUACAAGCAUUACCAUGCUGCUGCUGGGCCUCAAAAUUUUACCAAAUCUCUAUGCAAUUCCUCCCCCGUCUCUCCCUCGAUCUCCGGAAACAUCCACACUGGCGGAUUUCGGAGAGCGCAGUCAGAAGGAAACUUGGAAGGAUUGGUCAGGGCCUCGUCCGACAGCGACGAUGGAUUAAACUUCUCUAUCCCAACCAAGAAGUUUUCACGUAGGCCGCCCCACUGCUCCAUUUUGGAAGCAAUCCCAUCUUUCUCGUUUCAAAAUGCAAGAAAUCGCAAUGAAGACCAAGACAGUGAAGAAGAAGAAAGUUUGCAUGGGGAAAAUGGUUUGGUUCAUAAUUCUGUGGCAAAGGAGAAUCCUUAUAACUUGAAACGAGACAGGACCUAUGCAAGCGCAUACAAGAACAGUGCUGGAGUUGGAGAGGAGAUGUAUCUUGCAAGAGGGCUUGGGGUUACUGAUUUUCAUUUUGCUGAUGUUGGAGGACAUAUUAGUGGAGGCAGUGGACGAGGAGGAGGAGGGCGGGAUUACAGGCCGGUAGCCUUAGGUGGGGAUGGUGGUGGUGACAGCAAUGGCCUUAUCAUGGAGGAGCAUUAUAAAAGAAUGUUGGAGGAAAAUCCUUCCAACCCUUUAUGCCUGAGGAAUUACGCCCAGUUCUUGCAUCAAACAAAGAAAGAUCCUCGACGUGCGGAGGAGUACUACAGCCGAGCUAUUUUGGCAGACCCAGAAGAUGGUGAAGUUUUAUCAAAUUAUGCUAAACUGGUAUGGCAGCUCUACCGGGAUAAAGAUAGAGCCAAACACUAUUUCGAACGAGCAGUCCGAGCUGCAGCGCAGGACAGCCAUGUUCAAGCUGCCUAUGCUAGUUUUCUAUGGGAAACUGAUGAGGAAGUUGAAGAGGAGGAUGAUCGAUCGUUGAAAACACCACAGCCAAUGCUGGCACUGAUCAAAGAGGAGAUCACCGCUUAGUUGGAUAAUGUAUCUAGGUUCCUGCAUCAUUCUAUAGCUAGGCGAUUGGAAUUUUUCUUGAUUACAGGAGGCUAUUGGAUUGGAAAAAGAAAUCACCUGUUUCCAUUCUGCAACUUCCUCAAAGUAAAUCUUGUCGCAAGGGAAGUUUAGAUAAAAUGUCUCAUAAUAAUGAAACGAAAUUAAUUAUUCGUAA